AUGGAAGAGGAAGAAAAAGGAUGGAAGAAGGGAUCAAUACAUUUUCCAGUGAAUUUCAAAAACAUCGAUGUGGUAGAUGCGAUUCCGCUCAAAGAUCUUGAUCGAUUGCUUUAUAUCUUGGUUUCAAGAGAUAUCGCUACAGCAAGUGUCAAAUACUCGCUGAUUCUCUCGGAAAAGGGCCAACUGAUUGUUCUCGGCUCCCAAUUCGUCGAUAAUAUUCUUGAAUACCGCACGAACGAAUUCUGCUUGUCAGCAAUGCUCGCAUCGAACGAUCCUUUCUACAAUCGCCCUCUUCGCUACGAGUGCGAGUACUUUCAAAAUCACGAAUGUGGCAACAAGCAAUACUGUAAAAUCAUCGUUCCCUUCGACACGCUAAGACUGACAGAUGAGCGAGAACAUUUGUCAACAAUCAAAUAUCAUCAAAAUUGGAAGCUUCAAUUUGAACUAAAGUGCUCCGCCAUCGUUCGUUCUCAAGGAUAUGUUGAGUUACGAUUUAAUGAUGAGUCGGUGUUUUUGAGGAUCGAAAUCGCUAAGAAAAAGUCAAUAUACUUCAAAUUUGGCAACAAAAAGGGCAUCAAUGAUGAGAUCUUAACCUGCCUAGAUGAAUGGCAAAAGAUAGAAAUUCAAAAUUCGAGUGGCUUUUGGCACAUCAAAAUCGUCACUGGACAAUACAAGAAAAAAUAUACUUCAAUCAAGAAAAUUUUCAUCGGCUCAGAUCUCGUGAUACCAGAUGAGAACCAAAGAGUAGAAGUUCAUGCAAAGGGAAGCGAUAUUUACCUGAGAAGUGUUUAUUACUUUGAGCGUUUGGAGCCGUUUAUCUUGAUGCUUGGCGAAGCGUAUUGGUUUGAUCAUGGAUGCGCCUUCUGUAAUUUCAAAAAAGUAACCUCUUCUGAUGGUUUUUACCGACAAGACGUAAAGCUUGACAUACCUAAAGCAAAAUGGGACCGACCGAGGAAAUUUCUCGACUCCUCUCGAGCUCUUUUACUCAAAGACGAGAUUUACUUCUUUGGCGGUCUAGGUGGAAAGAUGUCUGACGGAAGAAAGAUUGCAAAAUUGACGGAUUGUCGUAUUCGAGAAACAAAAUACAGGCUCAAAUAUCAGUAUCGCCGCUCUCGUUUGUCUGUCGUCAGCUUCAAUCGAGAAGGAAGAACACUUGGCAUGAUCUGCUUUUCGAAUGUUAUUGGCGACAAAUUUGCGUCUUUCAAGAACUGUGAAACAUUUGAUGGUCAAAAAACAAGCGUGAUUGAGUCGACAGCUUAUGAUCACAAGGCUGGUUGUCUGGGUCUCUUCAAGGGAAACCCUACUGCAAUUGGAAACUAUCUGGGCUCCGGAGAUUUCAACAAAAUUGAGACUCCAAGGGGAAUUACCGAAACUCUAACAUCAGAUGGAUGGCUUCGUCUCAAUGACCAUCCACGUUAUCCAGCAUAUCUGUCUUGUGUUUCAAUGGAUGAGGGGCUCAUGACUGUGGGCGGCCAAAGGAAGGGUUUUUGA